AUGAGUCCGUCGGAAGCCGACAAGGCGCCCUUUCGAGGGACAAGGACCCUGUCUCGGUUGCUCGACGCCCUGGAGACCCAGCUCCACCACCUGUGCACGCGAUCGCGGCUGUUCACCCGCAAGAACUGGCAGUACUGCUGCCUCCUCAGCGGCCAGCUCUCCUUCCUCUGCGCCUUCCUGGUGCUCGUCGCCGCGGACUUCCUCCCGCCAAUGAAGCCGACCUGGUCCGCCGAGCGCGUCCACGAGCACUACUUCUCGCACAAGGAGGGCGUCCGCGCCAGCGUGCCCCUCCUCCUCCUCUCCGGCGGCCUGUACCUGCCCUUCGCCGCGCUGCUCUCCAAGCACCUGCGCCAGAUCCCUGGCAUCGACCCGAUCCUGCCGGAGCUGCAGCUCGCGGCGGGCGCGGCGGGCAUUUUCUCCAUCAUGGUGCCCGCGAGCUUCCUCGGUCUGAUCACCUUCCGCGACUACGGGCCCGAGUUGACCCUGUUGAUCAGCGACCAGUUCUGGCUGAACUUCUUCCUCCCCUGGCCUACGUUCCUGAUCCAGGCGUGGACGGUCGCGUGGGCCAGCUUCGCGGAUGAGAGUGAGCAGCCCGUGUUUUCCAAGACCGUGGGGCUGAUCAACUUUGUCGUGCCGUUCUUCUACCUGUCGUUGACUGGGGUGCAUGUGCAGCAUGAUGGGCCGUAUGCUUGGAGCGGGGCGUUGACCUUUUGGGUCGCCGCUGUGGCCUUUGGCGUACAGAUUGGGGCAGACACGAACUGUCUUUUUCGGAGGAUUAGGGCCAUGCCUGAUGACGAAUGA